CGUGUUGAAAGCCACAGUUCAGCUCCAGUGUUUUCCACAGGUGUUAAGUCAGGAAAAUGAAAUAGGUGCGUCCUGUUAUAAAUGAGGAGCUGCAGGUCUGCUCCAACACAACACCAGGACACAUCUCAACCUGCUCUAUACAGAGGAGACUUCUACCUUUUUCAAAAAGAAAAAAUGCUGAACAGGAUUUUGUUUGUUUGCCUGUUUCUGGCUCUGUACAGUGCAGGCUCCUCACUGAGCUGCAGGUGGAUGGAUCAUAAAUUCAGACAGUACAGUGAAAACUCUUUGGAUCUACUAGAUACCAUGGUGAAUAAUUCCACUAACAGCACUGAGGAUGCUGAAGUGGAGGACACUGUGGCCUUCCCUAAUGAUCUGUACAGCCAGGCGUCCAAAGCAUCAGCUGAGGAUAAACUUGGUUUCACAGUGCAGGUUCUGGAGGAGAUGGCCGUCCUGUUUGAGGAGGAUCACAGCGCUGCAUCAUGGGAGGAGAGCACAGUGAAGGACUUUGUCAACAUUGUGACCCAGCAGGCUGACGGCCUUCACUCCUGUACUGGGAGCCACAGCCACAAGAAGAAGAACAAGAAGCUGCACAUGUAUUUCAAAAAAGCAUGCAGGACUCUAGGCACCUGCGCCUCUAGGUCUGGUGCUCAGAUCGCAUCUGAAGAUCAGAUGCGCAGAGGCCGAGUCGAGACCACGGGAAAUACAUUACACGGAUGUAUACGUCAUGGUCUGAUGCAUGGAUGGAUGCAUCCGACUCAGGUCCAGGGCUGCCGUGGCCUGCAGCCGGGACCCUGGCGUCUGACCACCAGUCACCCCGAGUCUCCUCCGGUGAAGGAGAGUGUACGAAGUAAACGCAGUGAAGAGGCUCUAGAUACCAUCUCGGUUUGUGAGAACUGGUGA